CGCAUGCGCCUUUUGUAUGCUUACUGCGUUGUAGUGCGCGCGUGGAGGGAUCAGGGGAGUAAGUUGGAACGGUGCUCGCGGCGUUUGUGAUGUUUGCGGUGCAUUGUGGGAAAGAGGAAGACGAACAGCCGGCAGAGAAAUGGACGUGUUCCUGAUGAUCCGACGUCACAAGACCACCAUCUUCACGGACGCCAAGGAGUCGACCACGGUGUACGAGCUGAAGCGCAUCGUCGAGGGGAUCCUGAAGAGAGCGCCCGAGGACCAGAGACUGUACAAGGAUGACAUGUUGUUAGAAGACAGUAAGACGCUGGGAGACUGCGGAUUCACAAACCAGACGGCGAGACCUCAGGCUCCGGCUACAGUGGGACUGGCCUUCCGCAUCAGCGACGAUGCGUUCGAGCCGCUGCGUGUGGACGCGUUCUCCAGUCCCCCGGAGCUGCCGGACGUGAUGAAGCCGCAGGACUCGGGCAGCACGGCCAACGAGCAGGCUGUGCAGUGAAACCCGCGGGGAUCCGGGCGUGGCUGCGGGCGUGGCUGUGGGCGUGUGUGUGGGAGGGGGAUCCCGAGUGUGUGUGUGUGUGUGUGCUUGGAUAGGGAAGUGUGUGUUGAGGAAUGAGUGUGUGUGAUGGACGAGAAGAAGCGUGAUUCUGUGUGAUGCUGAAAAAAAAUGUUUAAUUCUAGCCGAUCUGCGCUCUGACCUUCACACACUCAGUGUGUUUAAACGCGAACGUCGAACCUCCACCUCGCAACCUUGGACGUCUGAGCGGGUGUGUGUGUGUGUGUGUGUGUGUGUGUGUGUGUGUGUGUGUGUGUGUACAUCACGUCAGUCAGAGUGGUCGUGUAGAGGUGGUGGGGAAACGGCAGAUUAAUGAAAACCAUAACUUUUUAUUUAAUUCACGUUCCACAUCACGUGGAGGGGUGUGUGUGUGUGUGUGUGUGUGUGUGGGGCGCUGUUGACGAAUUGUAUUAACAGUAUGUGCUGUGUGAGUGUUUAUUAUCUUUAAUAAUAUUCAUGAUCUUGUUAUUUUGGCCGUCGAGCGUGGGAUUAACGGUGUAGUCUGAAGCACGCGUGAGCCGACUCCUGAAGGGCUUAAUAAUUUAGGUGUCGAGUCGGAUCAGGCGUGUUUCGGAGCACGGAAGAUCAAGUUUGGCGUAAACGUGUGUCUCGUGGAGCUGCACGUCCACUUUGUACAUCAUUUUUUAUUUACCCCUCUCAUAGUGUGUGUGUGUGUGUGUGUGUGUGUGUGUGUGUGUGGUUUUGUUGAUGCUGAUCAUAUUGUUUUUUGUGUGUGUGUAAUUUAUCCAGUGUUAGUUUAAAAAAAAAAAAAAAAAAAAAAAAAACUAAAACAUGUCCUUGUGUUCAGUUCCCUCAUUUUUUUUGUAUUUAAACCAAAGGGGAAGUGUAAAUGUGUGGGCUUGAUAUGUGUGUGUGUGUGUGUGUGUGUGUGUGUUCAUGUGAAGGAAUGGCUUGCCUUACAUUCUGCAGUCCCGUAAAGAACAAGGCGUCUCUGUUUGAGCCGUAAAGUGUAUGAACAGGUGACUUUUGGUUUGCGUUUGAACCAGUGCUGACAUGUUCACCCCAAAAACAAGAACUGUGUCUCUCGGUGUGAUGUUUUUGAGAAUGAACUCGACGAACUCGUCUCUCUUUCUCUCAGUGGUGAGAAUCGUUCCUCACGUUGCUCUUUCAGUUCAAAUAAAUAAAAAAUAAAAAAAAAAAAAACAGAAGAAACUCCU